CUCAUCCACCUCCAACUCUUCUUCUAUUCUAUUCUUUUCUUCGUAACUCACAUCGUCUAAAUUACGAAAUAAAAAUGCAGCACUCGUCGUCGUUCUCUCUUUCUCUAUUUUAUCUACUAUUUCUCUCUACCACCACCACCUCCUACGCCCACAACAUCACUCAAAUCCUUGCCAAACACCGCGAAUUCUCAACCUUUAACCGCUACUUAACCCUUACUCACUUAGCUUCCGAGAUCAACCGCCGCCAAACCAUCACCGUUUGCGCAGUGGACAACGCCGCCAUGGAUGACCUCCUCGAUAAACACUUGUCCAUUUACACUCUCAAGAAUGUCCUCUCUCUCCAUGUUUUUGCAGAUUACUUUAGCUCCAAGAAACUCCAUAAGAUCACCAAUGGAACAACCCUCACUGCCACCCUUUUCCAAGCCACAGGUGAGGCCCCGGGGACAUCAGGGUACAUCAACAUUACCAACACGAAAGGUAAAAAUGUGGGGUUCACCACAGAAGAAAACGACGGUCAUUUUUCUGCUAGUUUCGUCAAGUCCGUUCAAGAAAUCCCUUACAAUAUCUCUGUCAUACAAAUCAGCAAUAUUAUUCAAUCUUCAGAAGCAGAAGCUCCAGUAUCUGCUCCAGCAGAAAUUGACAUAAUUGAUUUAAUGACUAAUAAAGGCUGCAAAGAAUUUGCCAAACUUUUAGAAAAAUCAAAUAUUACCAAAACUUUUACAGAUAUUAUGGAAAAUGGCUUAACAGUUUUUUGCCCGAUUGAUAAAGUCGUGAACACUUUUUUACCUAAGUACAAGAAUUUAACGAAAAAUGGACAAACUUCUUUAUUAUUAUAUCAUGGUAUUCCAGAUUAUCAUUCUUUAGGUAUGUUGAGGUCGAAAAAUGGAUUUAUAAAUACUAUGGCAACAACAAAAGGUAAAAAUAAUAAGUACGAUUUUUCAGUGAAAAAUGAUGGAGAUAAUGUUAAAUUAGACACAAAUAUUGUGACAGCAAAAAUUACUGGAACUUUAUUAGAUGAGGAGCCAUUAGCUGUUUAUAAAAUUGACAAAGUUUUGCAGCCAAGUGAAUUGUUUAAAGCACAGUCUAUUUUUAAUAAUAAUUCUGAGGAUACUGCACCGGAGCCGAAUUCCGGCGACGACGACGGUGACGUGCCGGCGGAUGCGACGGCGGAUAAUAAUGGAGUUAUGAUUAUUGGUGUCAAUGGUUGGUUGAUGACAUUAAUUUUGAGUAUUGGUUUGGUAUUUGUUUGAAUAUAUGAACGAGGUUGUUGUUAAUUUGGUUUUGGUAUUCACAUAAUUUGAUUGUAUAUUAUAUGAGAAAAUAACCGCAAAAUUUGAAUUCUAUUCCUUUUUUAUUUCUUCAA